GUUGUCAGCCCUGCGACUGAAUUGAGCAAAGUCGCAGCAUGGCGCAAAAGAAGACCGGUCAUACUGCACUUCACUUUCGUCUUUCGUCAAACCGAGGCCUUUCAGCAGCUUGGACAUAGUCCAUGCUAUAUCAACACCAUAGACUCAAAAUUACUUGUAUAGAAAGUUUCCCGCGAACUGGCUCGGGACCCGCGCGUUUUCAUGUGAGGGGUGUCCACUGCAUAUUUGCUCAUUCUCUGAUAAUUUUGCUGCAUCAUAGCGGUUCCUAGGUAGUCAGCAGCGCAAUGCUGCUCGCAUUCGGGCAACCGGCGAGGACAUGAGCUCCGGCCCUAGCAAGCGGCCCCCGGCCUCUUCCCUGGCGCCGGGGCCGCCCUCAGACGCAGGCGGCGCGGGGGCCCCGGCGCCCUCCGCGCCCGCGCCGCCCCCCGUCCGCACCGGCGCCGGCGCCGGCGCCAGCUCUGUGCCCACACAGCCCUCGGACCAGCUCCCCGCCGGCCGGCGCAACUCCCCCCGGCACAAACAGGCCGCUGCAGCCGCCGCCUCGGGGGGCGCUGCAGCGGGGGGCGCUGCCACGGGGGGCGCUGCCGCGGCCCCUGCCGCAGGCACCUCGGCGUCGCCCGCCGCCGCUGUAGCACCCGCUCCCCCAUCCGCAACCUUACCCACAAGCUCAGCAGCAACAGCAACAUCAGCAGCAACAGCAACAGCAACAGCAACAGCAGCCGUGGGGAACGGAGCCAGGCAGUACCAGCCGCACCCGCCGCCUCCAGCGGGCGCCGCGGCGGCGGGGCCGCCGGCUGCGGCGACAGCGGCGCCCGCGCCUGCGCCCGCGCCGCCCGGCUCGGCGGAGGCCAAGCAUGCGUCGGAUGAGGAUGAGGACGAAGAGGAUGAAGAAGAAGAUGAAGAAGAAGAUGAAGAGCUUGAGGGUGAAGACGAAGAAGAGGACGAGGAUGAAGAUGAGGAUGAAGAGGAGGACGACGAGGAGGAGGACGAGGAGGAGGAUGAAGAGGAGGAGGAGGACGAGGAGGAGGGCAGUGAGUGGACGGGCACGGAGACCAGUGGCAUCACCGCCGCCACUGCCUCUGAGGACCCGGUGGCGGCGGCGGCGGCGCGGAUUGCGGCGGCGCGGGCCGCGGGCGUGCCGCCGCCGGAGCUGACGGCCGCCAGCAGGCAGCUGGUGGCGCGGACGGAGGUCGCCAAGAUCAAGGACCUGGAGGGCACCCAGGUGGCUUUGGAGCGGCGGCGGCAGCAGCUGGAGCUGGAGGCGCAGGAGCUGGAGCUGGGCACGGAGAUGCGGGAGCGGCGGCGGCGCAAGCAGCAGUCACUGUCGGAGGCAAUCAAGGAAGACAAGCGGCUGGGAGACAUGGAGCCCAAACAGGUUAUUGCCGAGCUCAUGGAGGGGGCCGGCAGCCGCCGCCCAGGCGGCGGCGGCGGCGGCGCCAGUGGCAGUGGCGGUGGCGCGUUGGAUCGCUUCGUGGCGGCCAAGGAUGCACUGCAUCGGGCGGCGCUCCCCGGCGGCAAGCCCCCCGCGGCGGCGGCCUGGCAGGAGGAGGAGGGCCUUGCCGACCCGACAGGCCCGGGGCCACAUGAGGGCCCGGGGGCGGUGGGGGCGGUGGGGCCGCGGCAGCAGUCCGUGGCCGCUGAGCUGCUGAGCGCCCUCAGGCCGCGCUGGGACCCGGGCCGUGCCGCACAGGACGCCGCCGAGUUCGCCGCCGCAGGCGGCGGCGGCGGCGGCGCCGCCGCCGUACACAGCUGGACAAUUGGCGGCAGUGGCGGCGGCGGCGGCGGCGGCGGGGCCUCCCCGCCGCCGCCGUGGGAGCUGGCGGCGGCGGCGCCCAGUGUGACGCUGGAUGCGCUGGUGUCGGCCAUACGACACGAGCUGCCGCAGCAGCAAGGGGCGCUGCAGAGCCUCAAGACGCAGCAUGCGGUGGUUGCUACCCGGCUGCAGUGGGCGCGGCAGCGGGAGGAAGAUGCCGAGCUGGCACGAGCCACCCCCGCACACGACAAGGCGGCGGCGGCGGCGGCGGGCGGCGGCGGCGCGGCGGCGGCGGGACUGCGCGCGGCGGCGGCGGUGGCGGCGGCGGCGCGCGGCGGGGCGGCGGUGCGCGCUCGGUCUCAGGGGCUGAGGAGCAUGUGCGAGUCACUGAUCGGCGACAUGCUGGAUCUCACGUUGCAGCGGGUGGCGGCGCGGCCCAGUGCGGCGGCGGUGGCGGCGGAGGUGGCGGGAUGGCGGGCGGCGCGGCCGGCGGCGCUGGCGGGCGUGUCGAGGCACGUGGCGGAGGCGGUCAUGUGCGAGGUGGUGGACGAGAUGAUUGCAGAGGCCUACGACGAGCAACGGCACUUGCAGUCGGCCGCCGACUCCUUCGCCUUUGACCUGCUUGUGGAGGCGGUGGCUUUCAGUCAGGCCAAGUACCAGUUCGGAGGCGGCGGCGGCUGGGGCGGCGCGGGCGGCGGCGGCAGGGACGGCGUGCGGUCACGGCUGCGGGAGGCGGAGGCGCGCCGCGAGGCACACGUGGCGCACUCCAUCGCCGCCCGCCGCGCCGCCACACUGGCUCGUAACGCCAGCAAGGCUGCACACGUGGCCGCCGCGUCAGUCAUGGCGGGAACCAGCGCCGCCGGCGCCGCCGCGGUGGCGGGCGGCGGCGGCGGCGGCGGCGGCGGGGAUGCUGGUGGCGGCGGCGGCGGGGGGGAUGAGGAGCUUGGGGGCGACGGGUACGAUGACGACGCAUAUGCGGCGUACGUGCAGCAGGUGGCGGCGGCGUCCAAACCCAUCAAGGUGGGCGCGGUGCUGGAUGAGGAGUUGGACGAUGAGGCCAUCUACGUGCUGCACCGCGCCUUUGACGACAGCGGCGGCGGCCGGCAGGAGGACAAGCAGCUGUACGUGCAGGGGCUCAAGGCCAUGCUUCAGGAGAUGCGGCUGCGGCGCGGUGACGCCCCCUACGGCCACACACAGCAGCUGGCGGUGUACUGGCCGCCGCACAUGAGAGUCAGCAGGGUGGGCAUGCUGGACGAUGAGCACGAGGCGGCGUUGCUGGACGAGUUCCCCCUGGGCGACUUUCUGUUGGAGUGCCGCACGCUGUGGAUGAUCCGCUUCAUCACCGACCGCAAGGGCCGCGUGCUGCGCGAGUCCAUCCACCGGCCCCACGACGGCGGCGGCGGCGGCGGCGGCGGCGGGCGGCCGCUGGUUGUGAGCACCUACACGCUGCAGGGCGAGCUCGUGAGGCGGGCCAAGCAGUACGCUGUGCAUGCGGCGCUGCCGUACCGGGUGGUGGCGGCGGAGUUAACGCCCAGCCGGCGGGACCUGGUGGUGUGGUGUCACGUGGGGCCGCAGGCGGGCGACGUGGACAGCUUUGGAUACUUCUCCGUGCAUGUCCUGAAUGUGGAGGCUGGCUUUAAGCCCGCCACGCCGCGUGUUGAGAUCUACGACCACUCCAGGGGUGCCUCGCCGCCCGCCUUCGCCGUGAGCCCGCGUGUGCCUGGCCUGGGCUCGGAGUACCUGGUGGUGGGGCUGGGCUGCGGACUGCUGGGCUUCUACAGCUUGGCCAGUGGCGCGCUGGUGCGGGCGGUGCAGCUGCCGGGAGUGCCGCCGCAGGUGCGGCACUUUGUGGCUCUGUCGCUGUACACGGUGUCGCCGCAGCUGGAAUGCCCCGCCGCAGGCCGAUCAUUCGUGGCCGUCACGCCGGCCGGCUCGCUUGCCGUACACGUGUACGAGCUGGACGACGACGCCGGGGUCAAGCAGGCAGUGGCGGUGGUGUCUUCCCUGGGUCCGCCGCCAGGUGCCGCGCCGCCGCCGCCGCCUCGGCCCGUGGUUCCGCCCAGCCAGGAGCCCGACCCGCUGGGGGGCGCCAACAACCGCUGGGCUACGGCCGUGGACAUUAUGGGCGUGACGCGGGGAGGAGGAGGAGGAGGCGGCGGCGGCGGCGGGCAGGAGGGUGGGGGAGGAGGCGGGGGUGGAGGAGGAGGAGGUGGGGGCCCGCUGCCGGCGGGACAGGGCGCGGCGGCGUUUGCCCAGGCGGCGGAGGCGCUCAUGGCGGCGCAACACCAGCAGCAGCACCAGCACCAGCAGGGGCAGGGGCAGCAGCAGCAGGGGCAACAGCAGCCGGCGGCGGCGGCGCCGGCGGCCGUGCAUUCGCCUCGGCCGCCGGGGCUGCCCAAGCCCGCACUGGCGGCGGCGGCGGCGCGAGCGGCCGCCGCCGCUGGUGGCGGCGGCGAUGGCUCGGCGGCGGCAGCAUCACCGCCGGCGUCGAACCGCCAGGUCCAGUUCAGCGCAGCGCCGCCGGCGGCUGGUGUGCUGUCGCCGCCGAUGCCGGGGGAUGCGUGGGGGGCGCCGGGGGGGCAGGCGGUGGGGGGGCCAGGCCGCGUGCCACCGCUCGCUCGGAGCGGGACGGAGGCGAGCAGCUUUGGCGGCACUGCAGCGGAGGCGGCGCGGCAUGCGGCGCUGGAGGCGGCGAGGCUGGCGCGCGGGGGGAGGGGGGACGGGUGACGCGGCGGGAGGAGGGAGGGGGGAGGCAGGGGCGUGUGUGUGUGGUCGUGGUCGCAAGAGGACGAGAGCAAGUGUGUGAUGGGUGCUGGACGGUGGACCGUGUUUUUGACGGCGGGUUGGUGUGUGGGUAGGUGGGUGUGUGAUGGGACAGGGUUCAGGCAGGUGGGUGGGUGAGUGGGUGGGUGGUGAAUGGGUGAACUUUGCACUGUCACUUAGCUCGGAAUGUGCCUAAUUGCCAGCCUACCCCAAUUUGGCCCACUUGCCCGUGCGGCUGGCCCGCACGGAUUCAGAGCCUGCCUGAUUUAAUUUUGCUUAUAUUAGAUUAUGAUUAUCCAAGGACUGGGAGGCCAGUAAGAGGGCGAUUCCCGACCAGU